AUGAGUCCCCCUUUCAGCUCGCUUGUUCUAGGUGGAGUCACUUGCCUUCUCUAUUAUGUUUGGACUCGCCGAACAUAGAGAUUAAUUGCCCAUCAGCAAGGUUGCGAGCCUCCACCGAACUUUCGUUAUAAGGAUCCUAUCUUCGGCCUAGACUGUGCAUUAGGGACACAAUUUGGUAUCCCUUCAAUUGCUCGACACCAUUCCCGCUAUGGAAAGACUUUCGCUUCCAAAUUCAUCCUUGACGCACAAAUCAAUACCUGUGAUCCCCAAAACAUCAAAGCCAUAAUUGGUGGUAAUAAGGAAUGGGGAGUUGCUCCGCUUCGACUUCCAGGCAUGGAUUUGUUCUGCGGCGAGGGAACAAUUACCUCGGAUGGCCCAGCUUGGGAGCAUUCGAGAGGACUUUUCAAGAACAUGUUCCGUACUAGCAAUAUUGUGCAUUUCCCUAUUCUGAACCUCGCUACGAAUGAGUUAUUCUCGCAUAUUCCCAUUGAUGGAAGUACGGUGGAUUUGCAACCGAUGUUCUAUAACCUAUAGCUAGUGAGUUUUCUAAUUGUUCAGCUUUCUUUCCAAUAAGGUGCUGAUAAUUUUAGUUCAUCCAUACCGCUACUCAAUUCCUCUUAGGAUUCAAUUCUUUGUCAAGGUCCGGUGAUCCACAGAACAGCAGAAUGUAUGGUGAUAUAGGGAGCUUCGUACGAGACUUCCACGACGCCAUGUUCUACUGUGGCUUGAGAAUCAUUUUGGGCCGUCUUCGUAUUCUGGUCCCUCGAAUGAAAGUGGAAAAGGCUUUCAAGUCCUCACACGAAUUCCUCGAUUUUCAUAUCAACGAAGCGUUUUCUGAGAAAAUAAGCACUGCCUCAGCUGAUGAUGGAAGUUUGGUGCAAGGCUUGAUCCGACAAACUGAUGAUCGAAUAGAUGUUAGAAAUCAGACAAUACAGAAUCUGAUGGCUGCUUCUGACACCAUCUCGAUCCUCUUGAGUAAUACGAUCUUUCUGCUAUCCCGCAAUCCUGAAAUUUGGAAGGAGCUAAGACGAGAAAUUAUAUCCACGAUCCCACAAGCACCUACGGUGGAGUCUCUCAACUCACCUGGACUUUUACGAAACGUGCUUUUUGAAGGUAAAUCUUGCAAAUCUCACUUGGAACUAUGGUCUUCCCUUGUUGUUUAAUGCUUACCUUGACACUCUAGCGCUUCGGCUUUAUCCCGUCUUCCCCCUCCUUGGUCGCACGUCUCUCGUCGACACCAAGCUUCCAACUGGCGGUGGCCCCUCUGGCAAUUCUCCGAUAUUCGUUCCCGCUGGAACUCGAGCCGACACAUGUUUUUAUGCUCUUUUUCGGGACGAAGCCAUAUUUGGCCCCAAUGCUGAUGAAUUUAACCCUAAGCGUUGGGACACUAUUAAACCCGAUUCGUGGAUUUUCAUGCCAUUUGGCAGAGGGCCACGGUCUUGCAUGGGAAAGGAGAAGGCUAUGCUGGAAGCAAGUUACGUGAUGGUGAGAAUUGCAAGGAAGUUUGAAAGGAUUGAAAGUCGAGAUGAUCGCGACUACCGCGCCGAAAUGAAGCUCACUUGUCGAAAUGGAAACGGGUGCAAAGUUGCUUUGUUCGAGAAAUAG